UAAACAUCAUUGAUAGGAGAUGAUUUUCGACGGAGUUUGAGCACAUCACAAGUAUAUUUAUUGAAUUCAUAAUCAGUUCUCUGUUGCAACUCAGCGGUUUGGGUUUAAUGUUUGGUGCAUCAGCGUGUGGAUAAUAAUAAUUCGGUUUUUUUUUAAUUAGAAGUUUAAUAAUGGCAGGAAAAAUGCUUAAAAUUGGAUUUGUUGGUGGCGGAAAAAUGGCACAAGCGUUGGCUAAAGGAUUUAUCUCAGCAGGAUUAUCCAAGGGAGAAAAUAUGAUUGCUAGUAACCAUCCCGCCGAUGUAGCAUCACAACAAGCUUUUCGGGACUUGGGAGCAGAGUCAAUUACGGAAAACAUUUCGGUCGUAAAAAAGUCUGAAGUUGUUAUCAUCGGUGUCAAGCCACAAAUUAUUCCCGUGGCAUUAGGCGAAUUGCAGAAAGCAAGUGGUUUAGACACGAAUAAAUUGUUUCUUUCUAUUGCGAUGGGAGUUACCAUUAAUCAAUUAGAACAGUUUCUACCAAGUCCUGCAAGAGUUGUACGUGUAAUGCCCAACACCCCUGCUCUGGUUCGAAAUGGGGCAUCAGUGUUUGUUGCAGGAGAGAAAGCAAGCAAAUCUGACAUCGAAAUAACAAAGCAAUUGUUGCAAUCAGUAGGCACAUGCGAACAAGUUACCGAAAACUAUUUAGAUCCCAUUACAGCACUAAGUGGAUCUGGACCUGCUUAUGUAUAUAUAAUGAUUGAAGCAUUAGCAGACGGCGGCGUCAAAAUGGGACUGCCUCGUGAUAUGGCAUAUCGUCUAGCAUCGCAGACUGUUCUUGGCGCAGGUACCAUGGUGAGAGACACCAAGACACAUCCUGGCAUUUUAAAAGACGAAGUUACAUCACCAGCUGGAAGUACAGCCACUGGAUUACAUUUCCUCGAAAAACACGGAUUUAGAUCAGCAGUUAUUGGUGCAAUUGAAGCAGCUACUUUAAGAUGCAGAGAAAUCUCUCAGCCCGAGAAGAAAUAAUAAUUUAGUGAUGUCCUUUGAAAUUAAUUAAUUAAUUUUGAUAAUUUUUAAGACUAGUUGAAGUUUGUUUUUAAACAUUUUAUAUUGUUGAACAAUUAAUAUUUUAACAAA